UCCCGCCUUCCCGGCUGCACGCGACUCCUGGGGAGGGGACCAGGGAUGCUUAAAUAAUACUCUGCACGCGAGUCAACCGUGGAAGUGGCUCGACUUCUGCAAGCACGCUGCCUCCAGCCUCUCCAGCGCAGCCUCAGGACAUUCUUCUUUGCUGCCAUCAACAUGGCAUCUUCCAAGAAGGUUACCCUCUCAGUGCUCAGCCGAGAGCAGGCGGAAGGGGUUGGAGCACGGGUCCGCAGGAGCAUCGGCAGGCCUGAGUUAAAAAAUCUGGAUCCAUUUUUACUGUUUGAUGAAUUUAAAGGUGGUAGACCAGGCGGAUUUCCUGAUCACCCACAUCGAGGUUUUGAAACAGUGUCUUACCUUCUGGAAGGGGGCAGCAUGGCCCAUGAAGACUUCUGUGGACACGUCGGUCGGUUGGAUCCAGGGGACCUGCAGUGGAUGACUGCGGGCCGAGGCAUCGUGCACGCUGAGAUGCCAUGCUCAGAGGAGCCAGUCCAUGGCCUGCAACUGUGGGUUAACUUGAGGAGCACGGAGAAGAUGGUGGCACCUCAGUACCAGGAACUGAAAAGUAAAGAAAUUCCUAAACCCAGUAAGGAUGGUGUGACAGUGGCCGUCAUUUCUGGAGAAGCUCUGGGAAUAACGUCCAAGGUUUACACUCGCACACCAACCUUAUAUUUGGACUUCACGUUGGACCAAGGAGCAAAGCAUUGCCAACCUAUUCCUAAAGGGUGGACCAGCUUCAUUUACACCAUAUCUGGAGAUGUGUAUAUUGGGCCUGAUGAUGCACAAGAAAAAAUAGAACCUCACCACACAGCCGUACUGGGUGAUGGUGACUGUGUCCAGGUGGAGAACAAAGAUCCCGAGAAAAGUCAUUUUGUCUUAAUUGCUGGGGAGCCAUUACGAGAACCAGUUGUCCAACAUGGCCCGUUUGUGAUGAACAGUGAUGAAGAGAUUUCGGAGGCCAUUCUUGAUUUCAGAAAUGGAAAAAACGGGUUUGAAAGAGCCAAGACCUGGAAAUCAAAGAUUGGAAACUAGUGAAGGGCACACACACUUCCUAGGAUUUUGCCCUGCACGGCACCCAUCCACUCAGUGCAUUUAGUUUCCAGAGCUGACUUCGCUAGUGCUAGUGCUUCUGAAGAACCCCAGCUGACGCGAUAGCAUGAUUUUUGUAACAGUGCACCAGAGAUAUUUCCAGGCAUAUGCAAAUAAAUCUAAU